AUGGGCAAAGUCGUUGUUUUAGGAGCUGGUGUAUCAGGGCUGACAUGCGCGUUGUACCUUCAAGAUGAAGGACACAGUGUGACGAUUAUUGGCAGACACAUUCCUGGGGAUUUGGAUAUCAGAUACACUUCUCCAUAUGCUGGUGCCAAUUGGCACUCGUUUGCCAGCGCGGAUGAUAAGGUCACACAGGAUAUUGACAUUGUUGGGUAUAACAAGUUCCUGGAGCUGGCCAGCGAGCCUGGCGCAGGGGUUCACAUAGUUCCAAGCGUCAACUUUGUGAGAAAGGAUGGCUUACAUGAGGGUAAGGUGAAGAUCCCGUGGUUUGCCAGUAGAGUGCAGAACUUCCACCUGUUGAGCAAAGACGAGUAUCCACAGAUUGAGGACUUUGUUGGUGGCUGGGGCAUGGACUCAGUGACCAUCUCAACGACGAUAUACCUGAACUAUUUAUUGCAGAAAUUUCUGAACAAAGGUGGCGUGUUGAAACGUGUGGAGGUAAAGCACGUCAAUGAGGCCUUCAACCACCAUCAGUCCGGUGAAAAGGCAGAUUUGGUUAUCAACUGUACCGGGUUAUCUGCACGGUUCCUCGGGGGAGUUGAAGAUGAGAAGUGCUUCCCAAUCCGUGGGCAGGUUCUCUGGGCAAGAAACAAUGCCACCAGACAAGUUUCUGUGAAGAUCAAGGGAAACUACGAGGGCGAGUCUCUAUACAUGUUCCCGAGAAAGGAAGGAGGAUGUAUCAUUGGAGGCACGUUCCUUAAGAAUCAAUGGGGCUCGAAACCAGACCCUGAGCUGACCAAGCGUAUGGUUGCCCGUGCUGAGAAGUACAUCCCUGAGUUGAUUGAUCCCAAACUGGGCAAUCCAAGCCACAUUGAGGUGUUUGGAGAGAACGUUGGUCUCAGACCAGCAAGAGAAGGUGGUGUUCGUGUUGAAAGAGAAGGUAACAUCAUUCAUAACUACGGUGUCGGCCCUGCAGGUUACCAAUCGUCCUUUGGCAUAGCUGAGAAAGUGAUUCAGCUAUCAAAGGAGUUCUUUAGAUCCUCUAAACUGUGA